GGGAGAUACCCGAAAGCAAAGGAUCCAGCCAAUCGUCUCCCGUUCCCCAAAACCAGCGGCGCCACCACCCACCCCCAUGGCUUCCGCCGCGGCGAGAUCCGGCCUCCGCUCCCUGGCGGCGCGCGCCAAGGCCCCCGCCCCGGCGAGGCGCCCCAUGUCCUCCUCCGCCCACGACGACGCCUAUGAGACGGCCAAGUGGGAGAAGAUCACCAUCGUCGCGGCCGUGUCCUGCACCCUCCUGGCGGCCUGGAACCUCUCCAAGGGCCACCCCCACUACGACGAGCCGCCGGCGUACCCCUAUCUGCACAUCCGCAACAAGGAGUUCCCCUGGGGACCUAAUGGCCUUUUUGAGACCAAGCACGACCAUUGAGUACUGAAUAGUACACCAUGAGAAGUUGGUGAAUGCUUCAGUAAAGUUCUCUGGUUGUUCCAGUGUUUUUUUGUUUUCAUUGCGAUCUAUUUGCUGCAAGAAAUAAGAAAGACAAACUCGUAUGUUGACAAUCCAGAAUUGACUGUUGUGUCUUCCUUGUUUUCGCAUCAAUGAUUAUAUGCAAGGCGAUUGUGUUUCUUGCCUAGUUUGACAGAAGAGUCAUUAUCAUACUCCAGUGUAAUGCUUUCAGCUUUAUGGAAGGACGUUCACCUCCCUA